AUGCCGCUUUUGCUCGGGCUCGACGGCCCAGGAUUCCAUAGCCAGGGCGAGAAUGAGCCUAGAAUCGAGGUCUAUACACCAGAAUCUGCCGCCAACGACUAUGCUGAGUCUGCAACCCCUUCAAGCUCGUCUCACUCCUAUGACUCGGGGGGCCGCUCCGUGGCACUGAGCGGCGCGGAGCUCGUAGAUGCAAUGAAAUCAUACGACGCGUGGAAUAAAAAUUGGCCUUCCUUGACAGACGAUCCUGACGAGCAUGACUGGCCGCAAAACCAAAUCAACCCUAUUCUCACGGAUUGCAUAAUUAGACUGGACUGGGAUGUUCUCGAGGAUCCAUCUCAUGCCGAAAUCCGCGCCGGAUUACCGCCUUGCUUUCGUGACCAACGUUAUUCACCAGCCCUGACGCCAUUUGUGAUGCAACUAUACAUUAUAGUCAACAUCGAGGCCAUUCCAAACGAACUUCCAUCAUAUCCUAUCAUUACCGUUACUGCAGACGGAGACGCAAUCACAUGCUGGGACGUCCUGCUCGCGAUUCAGAAUUAUGUCGCCACAGUAGUCCCUCAAUCCGUAUUCGAAAGCUUCGGUGAGGCCCAAAAAAAGCAAAUUCAAGCAAACUUCAAGUAUAAUAGGAGCCCUGCGCGACGCUGGACCUUCCGGACACUCGGUAGUAGACUCCAAAUCGGGGAUUUAUUGGGAGAUCAAACCAAAUUCAAAUGCAUUUACGAAGAUCAAGCUCUCGCUGAGCGUAUACUUGCUCAAACGGCACCUGAGAUCCACGCAGCGGGGUCGGAUCUCACUAGGGAUGGAUUAAUCAAGGUCCUAAUCCUUGAUCUGCAAAUUCGAGAGCAUUUGAAGUCUCCUCCUAUGGUGCAUUCCCGGCUGGAUGUUGAUCGCGGCCGCGAAGCCAAGGAUAUCGUGUUUGGAUUGACACCCCGUCCGUUCAAACCUAUACCAAUCAUCGACCAGGUAUACACAUUGGAGCAGCUUAUGAGGCUUCGACCGGCUUUGGAUCUUACUGGGAAGGUCUCUUUGUUUGACCCUACAAAAACGGGCAAACCCGGCGGAUAUGCAAUGGCAUAUCGCGGUGAAUACUUGGGAAAAACGGUUGCUAUCAAGGUCCUGAGAUUCCCGAGGAGUCGGAAUAAGCACAAGCCAUAUGAAUAUGAGCGAUUACUCGAAAGGAAGCGAACUGCUCGCGAGAUCAACGUAUGGGCAGCAUUAUCUCAUCCGCACAUUCUGCAUUUCCACGGAUUUACGACCGAACAUGGUGACUUCCCUUCUAUGGUAUCACCAUGGUGUGAUCAUGGAAGUGCAUUAGACUAUAUGAGAUGCGAGGAAGUAUCGCGAGAGGAACGCUUCCAACUGACCCAACAAGUUGCAUGUGGCCUCCACUACCUACAUGAUCUCAAGAUCGUCCAUGGUGAUCUCAACCCAAGGAACGUACUAAUAGACAGUCAGCGCAGUGCGCUCCUCGCCGAUUUCGGUCUUGUGCGCCUUGAAGCAUACGGGAUUGAGUCCAGCAGCCCUUACUCCGGUACCCUAAGGUACACAGCACCAGAGUUGGUCGUGACGCCGAUCAACCGGCUCCCAAAGGCGACCAAGGAAGGUGACAUCUGGGCGUUUGGAUGCGUUGCGCUGGAGUUCCUCGAGCAAAUUGAACCAUACCGGAAUAUUCCACAAGGGCUGUUGAAGGAGACAGUUAUCGGUGGUCGGAAACCAGCAGCACAAGGCGAUGGUUUCCUUGUUGCCGCCGGCGCCGACUCAUCACUAUGGACCCUCCUCAAUGCUUGCUGGAGUCUCGACCCUCGUGAGCGGCCGUCCAUAAUGGAGAUUAGGAAUUACCUCGACGCCGUUGCGGGAAAUCUGGGGUUCCCAAAGCUCAGUUGGAAGGACGAGCCCCCGGUGUCACUAACGACGUGGUUGCACCACGGCCGGCGCCAAAUGUGGGGUGACCAAACAACGCAACGCUGCCUCCGAGCGAGGAGCAUGCAAUCUGGUCAAGGCCGACUACGAGACCAAUUUGAGACGUAUUCGACAAGGAUUCGAUGGAGUACCUGGAGAAGUCAUGCUUUGGCCGAGUUGUUGGUUGAGCGGGCCAGGACCAUUGCGUUUGGGCCUCUGGAGAGUCCUCAAAAAGCAUCUCAAACGUCUUCUGUCAAUGAUACGACGAAGGCACGACUAAUCAUCGGUAUGCUGAAUCAAACGACCCAAGAGCUAUGUGCAAUCACGUCAGAAAUACCUCAGACCACAGAGGAAGUCAGAAAGAUCAUGGAUAAAGAAUCAAGAAUACUCAAAGGUGCUCAUGAUCGGCUUCGCUCGAUGGUCAAGAUAGAUUCAACUGAAGACGACACUAUGUACCUCAGAAAAGUGGAGUCUGGUGAUGACAAGAGAUCCAGGCGACAACUCCAACGGGUAACUGAGAUCUUUGCGACCUCCCAAUGGAUAGACGACAUAAAUAUCUUCAUCCCUACGAAAUUAGGGGACAUUGAAGACAUUAGAUCCGGAAUCGCUGACCGACCGCCGAGUCCAUCCGGAUCUCUUGAAGAAUAUACUCUGGAAGACCUCAUAAGACUUCGACCGGCUCUGGAUCUCUCCGGCAAAGUCAAAGCGGGUUGUCUGACCGAAACCCCACGACAUGGCGGCUUUGCGACUGUUGCUAUCAAGGUCCUGAGAUUUCGGAGGAGUCGGAAUAAACGCAAGCCAUACGAUUAUGAGCGACCACUAGAACGGAAGCGGACUGCUCGCGAAAUCAAAGUAUGGGCGGCAUUAUCUCAUCGACAUAUUCUCCCUUUUUAUGGAUUUACAACUGAAUAUGGCGAUUUCCCUUCUAUGUGGUGUCCAAAUGACAGCGCGUACGAAUAUCUAAGAAACAAAGAGAUGACAUUGGAAGAACGUUUCCUAUUGACGCAGCAAGUGGCUUCUGGCGUUCAGUAUCUACAUGACCUCAAAAUAGUUCAUGGGGAUCUCAAAUCGAAGAAUGUCCUGAUCGACGGCGAGGGCAACGCCCUCCUUGCCGACUUUGGUCUUGUACAUUUGGACGAAUGGUAUGGAGUGCCUGGAAUGACCACGACUUCUGCAUACAGAGGCACACCAAGGUUCACAGCUCCGGAAUUGCUCAUGACCAAGGACAAUCCGGACCCAAAGGCUACCAAAGAGGGCGACGUUUGGGCCUUUGGGUGCGUAGCACUGGAGUUCGUGGAGGAAAUUGAGCCAUAUGAAGACGCUCCACUGAACCAGAUGGAAUUUCAAGCCGCGGUUCUUCGUGGACAGAAACCAGCAAAGCAAGGCGAGGGUAAUCAUGAACCCGCUGAUACCAAUUCGUUGUUCUGGAAUCUCCUCAAUGCAUGCUGGGAGCUCGACCCCCACAGACGGCCCCUCAUAGCGGAAAUUAGGAACUACCUAGAAGCUAUUGCGGAGAAAUAUGGAUUCUCAAAGCUGAUUACGACGGACGAAAGGAUGGAAGGAGUUUCCUCUUUCUGA